UCAUAUGACAAGGAACAGUCCGAAGGUGCUGUCCCGAGUGCCUUCUGCUCCGAUCGAAAGUUUUGCCGAAUAAAUCUAAAAUACAAGUGUUCUUCGCGAAAAAAACAUGAUUCCUGAUUUAAAAUCCCUUUGGACAUUCGGACUCGUGUUUGCGUGUCACGUUUUGGUUAUUUCUGCGGGAGAUUCGGUUCCAGUUUUAUUGUGGGGCGGCGAUGGUGAAACAUCUCCCCCUGAACCUGUAAAUCCUCUUUACAAGACCUCACGAGUAGAUUUUGAGAAAAUCCUUAAUCGAAAACUCGGAAAAUCCUUGCCACCCUUACUAGUUUUCGUCAGAGAUAGUUUCUGCAACGAAGAUAUCACGCAAAAUAAAGAGAACUUGAAGAAAAUCAAAAAUGCUGGAACGAUAUACCUUCCGGCGGUAGAGUCUCCAAUGUCAGUGUUUGAAAGUCUCUCCUCGUACAAUCUGACGAUGGACGAUGAUUUGGAAUCAGUUGCCGAUAAUCAAUUAGCGUUAGUCCAGGCCACGGACUUGGAUACAGUUCCAGAAAUUUACAGCUCAAUGCGCGAGUCCAGUCCAAAUUUGAUUGCAGCUCUCACCGGAAGAUCUUGCAUUUACAGUCGGUCGGAACGAGUUCGAAGGGCUGCAGCAGAAAACGAAACCUCUCUCUUUUUCAACAGUUCCAGUGGAGAAGUUCUUUUCUACGCCAGUCAAAAACCAUUCAUAAAGAUGGCCGACGACAAGGAUUUCGUACAGUUGACUAAAUUGUCAGAAGCCUCGUAUGCUGAUCGUAAAAACAGAACGACGAUUCUCGGCUUGAUUUUCACGACACCAGAUGGAUCGAAGCUAACCUUUAAAUUCAAUUUCACCCUGAUUUACGGAUAUUACCGACUAAUAAAUCUAGAAUAUUCCACCACGUCCGAUGUGAACCACACUGGCGAAAUUCUUCUAACCUCCAGAGAUCGAAUAUCUGUUCCCAGGAAUUUCUCGUAUCACUGCUCCCAGAAGACGAUUUUCAGAAACGGUUCCAUAAUCCUCAACUUUACGGAUCUGCAAAUCCAGCUUGAUGCUAGAGGAUCGUUUGGUGACACCUACAAUUGCAUUGGAUUCACGUCGAUUCCCAUUUGGACUGGAAUAUUCGUCACUGCCAUCUUGGCUUUGAUUAUGAUCUGGGGACUUACCAUGAUCAUGGAUAUUCGCACAAUGGACCGAUUCGACGAUCCCAAGGGCAAGACCAUCACCAUUUCUGCGCUAGAGUAAAAAUUGAGCUUGUAUAAAGAUACUUCCGUGUAAAUACAAGGUAUGGUAAUCGCCACUUUUAUGUUGUGAAUCAGGAGAUGGAAGCGUCGAAUGUGAGGAUUUCAAACAUGCGAAAUAGUACCGCAGAAAGCGAUGCAAUUCGAUAGACUAUUUAUUUAGGAAUCGUUAAUUAGGAUCUGUCUAUCAUAAGCAAGGUGGUGGCUUCAUUUCGGCUUGAAUCAUUCCCUCGUAUGUGUCCAGUUUCGCUGUUUGAAAAUGUUUACGUAGCUUGGUAAGAGUGUGAGGGAAUGAGAUCAUACUAUGUAUGAUCUUGUUUUAAUAAAUACUCUGCACGAAAAUAUUUACAGUAUGGUUCAAUACCUCAUAUCUUUGCGAACUGCAGUAUCAUUUUUUUCUCCUUUUUAAUAUUUGGAGAAUCAGAGAUCAUAAGAGUAUAAAGUCUGUAAAAAUGAAGGGGAUGUUUCGGUAUUUGAAAAAAAGUAUUUAGUAUUAAUUACGAUAUAAAGAAAAACUGCAGUUGGUCAGUCGGGCGAAAAUAUUUGUGAAUAAUAAAUAUCAGAAAGAGUUAAACCAGUAGAAAAAAGUA